UUCAUAUCAAGGCAGUCGGCAUGACCAGUCGGCUGGGUGGCGAUGGAAGGGUCGCGGUCCCUGUCCGUGCGAAGAGACACUCUCUCCAUUUAGAUGGUUCAGGAAAGAAACGUCGUAAAGUUGACACGGUCAGUGGCUGUCGGUCGCCACUGGUUCAUGCCAGUACGGUCCAAAUGAAACAACCACUCGUCCCCCCGGUAUCAUUCAGUGUCCCAGGUUUGCCCCUUCUUUUUGGGGUUGGCGACACGGGACAGCUAGGACUUGGUCCAGAUAUCACUGAACGUUCCAGACCAUGUCGGUUUAGCAAAGCCAGCCUGACCGCCUUGGGUAUAAGCGAUCAGGAUUUGGAGUCACUCACUACUCAGAUCUGUGCGGGUGGCAUGCAUACGGUUUGCCUAACCGGAGCCGGUCGAGUGAUCACUUGUGGCUGUAAUGACGAGGGAGCCCUAGGACGAAACGUGUUGUCGGAUUCAGAACUUCAGCCACCCACCAAGAAACCGCAUAUUGAUGGAAAGGAAUCCGGCCACCAGAACUCUGAUGUUACAGACCUUCUCGCAGAGGAAACAUACCCAGCCUACGUGCCUCUCCCACCCAGCGUCAAGAUAUGUAUGGUUUCGGCGGGCGAUAGUCACACAGCUGCCCUGGAUUCCGAAGGUCAGGUCUGGCUAUGGGGCACGUUCCGUGGCGCCAGUGGUCCUAUUGGGCUCACAGAAGCCGGAGAAAUUAGUCAAACUCCAAAAAGACUGUUUCCUCCCAUCUCCACCGCACCCGCUACUGACAGAGCUCCUGGAGGUGAGGGGAAGCCAAUCCCAUCCAGUGCAGUUAGUAGCUUGCACAUGGGUAUGGGUGCCCGCGUGGUGAAAAUUGCCUCUGGACAAGAUCAUCUGGUUUGUCUCACUGAUGAGGGGCGUCUCUACACAAUGGGCUGUGGGGAACAGGGCCAGUUAGGCCGAAUUGCUGAGCGCUUUGCCCGUACUGGAGGCAGACAUGGAAUGAAUGCGUUGCUAAACCCGGCUGAGUGUCGUGUCCGUGGUGCUGUGCGGUUUUCUGAUGCAUGGGCGGGUGGUUUCGCCACUUUUGCACGCUGUCAAGCCACCGGAACCAUUUAUGCAUGUGGCCUGAACAACUACGGUCAGUUAGGAUUAAAGAAACCGUCUGCAGUUGUGAACGGCGAUGCAGAUGAGAACGAUGAAGCCACAAUUGAUGGGGGACUUGGUGAAGAAGGAGACGAAAUGGAUGUAGACGCAGCACGGUUGAUUACUGACCAGAAGGAAGUGGAUAAAUCCGAAGCUGCUCUACUUGCCCGACAAGGUCCUCUUAUUCAGUUUAUGCUCACCAAGGCUCACGGUUUUUCCCGUGACCGGAACUGGCGCCAGUUUGCCGUUGGUAUGCAUCACACAUUAGCAUUGGAUGGUCUCGGUCAUGUUUACGCGGUCGGUCGUCCGGAUUACGGGCGGCUCGGUUUGGGAAAGCCAACUGCAGUAUCUCACUUAUCAGUUCCCCAGCCAUCGCGCGUGCAAGGACUGCUCUCCGAUCGCACUUGUUCAUGGGUAGGAUGUGGUGAAGCCUGUUCUUUCGCCGUAGACACAUCCGGAAUCGCCUACUCGUGGGGAAUGGGCAGUAACAAGCAAUUAGGUCACGGAGAUGACGACGAUGAGGACUGCUACGAACCGGGAGUUAUCAAAGGCAAACAAUUGGAAAACAGGUUCGUCUCUAUUAUUGACGCAGGUGGUCAACACACUGUCCUUCUUGCCCAUUCUUCACUACCUUCAAAUGGUAUGCCUCUAGCCAACGCAACUUCCCUGUCGAAUGAUAUUAACAGUGGAAAUGGAUACGACCUGUCUAAUGAAGCAUCAUACAUGUCCAGUGCCUUGAAGAAUCCCUCGUCUGAAAACAUCAGUAGCAACACAACUAUUCCGCAUCCAGCAUCUGAUAAUAAAUUUGCGGAUUUGUCUGGUAUAGCUCCGGUGUUAGCACCAGCACAUCCAAGGCGAAAUCGUCAUCUCAGUCCCUCCUCCGUAACGGGCUAUGCUCCCGUCACGUUCCUGGGCCGGGGAGCGGAUAGCACCACAUGUAGUACUGCGGGUGCGACAAUAAACAGCAGCGUCCACAGUUCGGCAGUGUCGGACACAAGUUCUGUUGGUUCAUGUGCUUCAAACACCAGUACAAGUAGUCAGCUGAACAGUGCAAAGAGUACAGACGGCGGUGGAAGUAGCCGUUGCAGUUCCUUCGGCACUUAUAGUAUACAGAGCAGUCUGCCCGUGGGCCCGCCGGCGGAGGACGUCCCAGGAGUGUCGGCAAACAGUGGUUCUUUGAUGUUGGAUCCUCUAAGCGCCUCGCUGCUAGCCACCUCAAGGACCCUAACGCAGACAAACAGAGCUAGUGCUGCCGGGUGUCGGUCCACUCAGAUUCGUUCAGCUGGGAUGAGUAUUUGCAGUACUAGCAGUGAAGCAGGCAUACUAACGGACACCAUAUCUUUGGGUUCCAUGACUGCUUCACCAGCCGACUUGAUUAGCGGAGAGCAAUCUAGCAGCUGAAAACGUUAAACGCUCAAGUAACAGGAAAGCGCACACGGAUGGAAUGUUUCUUAUCAUCUUAACCUUUACAGUCACCCGUUCCAACACCAGCUGUGAAUGCCCUUUCCUUAGUCCAGUUUGUGCGUGACCCAAUGAGUGACCCCUCUGAUCUAUUUCUGUUCGUCUGCGAAUGUGAUUCGGUGCGAAUCAUCCUAACUUGUGUGCGUUCUCAGCGGUGAAACUCCCCGUUGUACACAUUGACCCUCUAAGCCCGUCUCUCGGCACAAGAGCCGGAAUCCUGAAAAUGAACCCUAAUCGCUGCUGACCCUUUGUCAUCCUUUCCUUUCUGUCGUUUCCAGGGAUGAAUGUACCAGUUUAUUCCCAUGUGUCUAUUUUCAAUUUGAUAUGCAUACCUAACAUGCCUGUCGACAGAAACCACUCUUUUUCAUCGUGGAAGACAUCUGCCAGGAGUUUUCUUGCCGUUUAGUCUCCAUAACAGUUCACAUGUCAAAAAUUCACAACUGUGUAUAUGAGACUCGAAUUUUUGCACUACAAUAUGAACUGGCGUCGAUUAUCUCCUGAAAAACAAUUUCACCAUACUGAGCCAUACCAACGUUCUCCUGUCUAGAAAAAAAAUGCAGCUUAUGAGAUAGAGGUGCGGGUGUCACUUGUCUACCAACACGUACAAAUUCAUGCAUACUCUCC